AUCACAGUUCAGCCCCCUCCAUCGAAUCUGAGCACGUGUACACCUCACGCAUACAGCUGCAUGUAGAAAACGACGCAUAUAAAAAAGAUUAUUUAAUUCAUUCAGUAACCGCUGCUGUUUAAAUCAAGUAGCAAAAGGUGCUUUAAUCUUCCACCAUUUAGCAGAAUUAAGAAAUAACUGCAUUUGUCAAAACAAUCAAACACAAAAUCAGUUGUUCAAAACCAGGUGAUCAAUUUGGACAAGGAAGCCAAAAAUAAGAGUGCAUCCAAAUCCAGAAGUCCCUCUGGCAACAACAGAAACAACAUAAAAGAGGGCAGACAGCGUAGCCAGAGUACAAGCAGCAGAGACAGAGACAGAGACAGAGGAGAGGACAAAAUGGCAGCCGCUGUGGAUAUGUCAGCACCCUAUAAAGGGGUACACAGAGUUCACACUUGGGAUGAGAGUGUGGAGGAGAACUAUCGGUUCCAGUGUGCUGGAUUCAGAGACCUAUUCGACUUCGAGCACUCGAUGAACAACCCACAGGAGAAGAUUGACAGGUGGCCCCACAAUGGCUUUAUCAAGAAACUGGUCCGGAAAGACGGUUGUUUCAUGUACUUCAACAAAAGCAGAGAGUGCAUUGACAAAGAAGUCCACAAAGUCAAACUCUACAAGUACUAAAAAAGGCACACUUCAAACGACCAUUUGUUUUCAAGAUUGAAGGGCGAAAACUAUCUCUCUCUCUCUCUAUCGCUCUUUGAACUAAUUGCAGUUCAAUUAGUGUAUAUUAAUUUAAUUCGGCUAUCUUAACUAUCUUUUCAAAUUGUGGCAGUAUGUAUGCAUGGCUUUGCGAGUGUGUCAAAAUAACAGAAUGGUUCAAAUAUACAUUCAAACUGUUCA